AUGAGAAGACCCAGGAUGGAUCUGCACCAAAGCGCCACCAUCUCUUUCCUUGAGAAAUGGUAUCCAGAUAAGUCACCGUCUGGCUGCAGGAGACAUUAUAAUGUCAGGAAAAAACUGAAGUUGAUUCGAAUCCUAGGCCUUUUCAUGGGCCUGGUAGCCAUUAGCACUGUCCCGUUUUCAAUCAGUGCCUUUUCUGAGACCGAGACACAGAGCACAGGAGAGGCCAGGGGUGCAAGUGGCCCCGGGGCAGCACACGGAUACCACGAAAGAACUCUCUUAGAUUUAAAUGACAAGAUUCGAGAUUAUACGCCACAGCCAGCUCUUUCUCAGGAAGGCAUGUCUGAGAAUAGUACAGAUCAUGCCCAAGGAGACUACCCCAGAGACAUCUUUUCCCUCGAGCAACGAAGAAAAGGCGCCAUCAUUCUCCACGUCAUUGGGAUGAUCUACAUGUUCAUAGCCUUAGCCAUUGUCUGUGAUGAGUUCUUUGUUCCCUCGUUGACUGUCAUCACCGAAAAACUGGGCAUCUCUGAUGAUGUGGCUGGGGCCACCUUUAUGGCUGCCGGGGGCUCGGCGCCAGAGCUUUUCACGUCUCUCAUAGGGGUGUUUAUUGCUCACAGCAACGUUGGCAUUGGCACGAUCGUGGGCUCAGCGGUGUUCAAUAUCCUCUUUGUCAUUGGCAUGUGUGCUCUGUUUUCCAGAGAAAUCUUAAACCUGACAUGGUGGCCGCUCUUUCGGGAUGUGUCCUUCUACAUCAUUGACUUAAUCAUGCUGAUCAUAUUUUUCCUGGAUAACUUUAUCAUGUGGUGGGAGAGCUUGCUUCUCUUGACAGCUUACUGUGGCUAUGUGGUUUUCAUGAAAUUCAACGUCCAAGUAGAAAGAUGGGUGAAGCAAAUGAUAAAUCGCAACAAAGUCGUCAAGGUGACAGCGCCAGAGGCCCAACCAAAGUCCUCUACAACCAGGGACAAGGAUGAACAGACUCUACCGGUGAAGCCACGUCUGCAGCGGGGCGGAAGUUCCGCCUCCCUCCACAACAGUCUCAUGAGGAACAGCAUCUUCCAGCUCAUGAUACACACCCUUGACCCACUCGCUGAAGAACUUGGAUCAUAUGGAAAACUAAAAUAUUAUGACACAAUGACUGAAGAAGGGAGGUUCAGAGAAAAGGCUUCAAUUCUCCACAAGAUUGCCAAGAAGAAAUGUCAGGUGGAUGAGAACGAGAGGCAGAACGGGGCUGCCAAUCACGUGGAAAAAAUCGAGCUCCCAAACAGCACCAGCACAGAAGUGGAGAUGACACCCUCCAGUGAUGCUUCGGAACCAGUACAAAAUGGAAAUCUCUCCCACAGCAUCGAAGCUGCAGACGCCCAGACCACAGAGGCAGGUGAAGAUGAAGACGACCAGCCUCUCAGCCUGGCCUGGCCUUCUGAUCCACGCAAACAAGUCACAUUCCUAAUUGUUCUCCCCAUAGUGUUUCCUCUCUGGAUUACCUUACCUGAUGUUCGGAAACCUUCAUCAAGGAAGUUUUUUCCCAUCACGUUUUUCGGCUCCAUCUCCUGGAUCGCCGUCUUCUCUUACUUGAUGGUCUGGUGGGCACAUCAGGUUGGAGAGACAAUUGGCAUUAGUGAAGAGAUCAUGGGUCUGACCAUCUUGGCCGCUGGGACUUCAAUCCCUGACCUGAUCACCAGCGUCAUAGUGGCCCGGAAGGGACUUGGGGACAUGGCCGUGUCCAGCUCUGUUGGAAGCAACAUUUUUGACAUCACCGUAGGGCUCCCGCUGCCCUGGCUCCUCUACACGGUCAUCCACAGGUUCCAGCCCGUGACCGUCAGCAGCAACGGGCUCUUCUGCGCCAUCGUCCUCCUCUUCAUCAUGCUGCUCUUCGUCAUCCUCUCCAUCGCCCUCUGCAAAUGGCGGAUGAACAAAGUGCUGGGCUUCAUCAUGUUCGGCCUCUACUUUGUGUUCCUGGUGGUCAGCGUCCUCCUGGAAGACAGAAUCCUCGUGUGCCCUGUCUCCAUCUAG